GGGUGUUGGGUGGGGUGGAGCGAGCAUCCUCUCUGUUUCUGAGGACUUCUGCAACCCUUCAUUACUGCCUGAAGGGUCUGAACCUGCCAGUGUAAAGCGCUGCAGACUCACUGUCAACAUUUCAGAGAAUCCCUGUUGCUGACAUGGACAGUCGCACCGUUUUUCUGUCCUUCCUGCUGGUGACUAUGAGGUUGUCCAGAGGAGCUGUGGCCCCUUCGACCUGUGAAAAAGAUGAUCAGUGUGGUCAUCUCGAAUGCUGUGCCGUUAGUCUGUGGAAGAGCAAUCAGAGGAUGUGCAUCUCACUAGGAGUGGAAGGGGAUGAAUGCCGCCCGCUCAGCUUCAAGGUGCCGUCCAGUGGGAUAAGGCAAGAGCACACCUGUCCCUGUCUCCCAAACCUGACGUGCAAGUUUUCUUUCGACCUGUUCAAAUGUAUUGAAGAUCUAAAAAAGUAAAUAACAAAAUAACACAUUCUGUUAUCUUAGAAAGGAAUCAAAAGAUAAUCACAAUAAAAUUCCACUAAAAUCAUCAGUACUGAUUUGAUGAUUGAUGCAGUGAUGAGCAUGUCUGAGUACAGAUGCUCAGACUCUUCACUAAACAACAGAGAAAAUUAUGCAAUUUCUUCCUACUUUUGAAAGGUAAUCUAUACCAUAUUCAAGUUUGCUUAAUGCUUGUUGAGUGUUUCCAUGAGAAAAUCUGAAGCUUAAAGUUUACCAUGUCUAGUUUUUGAAGGGGAAGUACUAUGUAAAAUUUAUCUUUUUGAGCUUUGUAUUAUUCUAUGACAUUAUUCACUCAUCAAUAAGAUACCUGAGUGUUGCAUUGAAUCUUUAAUGCAUGUUUGUGAAGUCCCUUAAUCUCCCUUGGCAACCAUUCAGCUGUGCAAAACUCUUGGUGGGACUGAGCACCGCCUUUGAAGUGCAGCUCCUCCUUGCGGUUACAGUUUUCAAUCUUCGCAGCAUCUGCCACCCCUACCCCACUGACUCACCCAUGUCUCCUUCAGACUAGCCAGCAGCUGUUAGCAAAGACCUGGUGCCACUGCACAUUUCCUUAGCUCACUAUAUGAGCUACUUCUCAGUGAAACGCUGGUAAAAAAAAAAUAAAUAAAUUGUUAAGCGGAAAACGGAGGCGCAAUGUUGUGAUGACAAGAGUAGGAGUUUCUUAAAGAGACAGAGACCCAGUUUCAAGGCAUUAAAUUACAAAGUCAAAUGUCUUUCAAGUCACACUUGAUAUAUCUAGCAUUUUUAUUUUACUAAAAGUAAAUAGUUAAUUUGAUUGUGUUACUAUGUGGCUGGGAAACACAUAAUAUGUACUGUCCCUUUAAGGAAUGGAAUUUAGAAAAUAACUUACCAAGAAUCUAAAAGUUAUCCUUUGUUAUACAAUUAAACUGGCACACAACUGACAGCUAAGGUUUCUUCUUCAUAGUUGUUGAAUUGUACAAUAGAUUUCAAAUAUUGAGUUUUCUGAUGCCAAGAUGAAAGCAAAUAUUGGAACUAGGGACUUGAAGGAGAAACGACUGGAGGAGAAAUCAUCCUUACAGGAGAAAAGAUUACUGUACCCAACUAACACUGAGGAGCUACGAUUGUCGUAAAAUACACAGUGAACACCAUCCACCUACAGAGAACCACAACAGAUUGAACUCACCACAUGUAAAGAUGGAGAACAGCUCUCUCCAUCCACUAAGGUGCUGACAGCAUAGCUGAAUAUCUAGCCAGGAGGAAGAUUUAGGCCAUCAAACCCCCCUGGGAUAAAAUGCAAAGUGUAUUUACACUUCCAGCUGGCGUGAGCCUGUGGUCUGUUGAACUUUGACUGACAGAGUGCAGGUGGGCAACAUUUUUCUGCUGAGCCAAGAAGUUGAAAUUAGGCAGACAGAGCCUCCCCUCCCCCACACGGCUCACAUGCAGCCUGACGACAGCUGGGAUCGUCUUUUACCACUGACUGUUUGAAUUGGACAACAUGACAAAGCAAGAGCAGAUGCCUCAGCUGAUGUUCUGUUCUUUUAAACGUAUUCUUUUUCUUUUAAAUGUUUUCUAGUUUACUAGUUUCUAGUAAACUAGAAAACAUUUAAAAGAAAAAGAUUUGGGCUUUUACUGUAAAAUAUCAAUAAACUUUUGCAAACAGCUUUUGCUUCGUCGUGGUCUUUUCCUUUGUGCACCUCUUUGGCCUUGGUCAACGGCUAAAUCAUUGAUGGAGCUAUCAACUUUGCUGAAUUUUUAUUUAUAGUUUCCAUUAAAAAGUAUUCCUGGCUUCCACUCUUCAAUGACUUCUUGGAUUAACUCUCCCACGCAAAGUAAUCCUAAUCCAGUGAUUCUAUGAUAAUUUUUCUGUCUUUUUACUGUCACCACAGUCCUCAAGGGAACUGAGUCUGCCUCUCUUGAAGUUUUCUCCCUCCUAAGGAUUCCUCUCCCUUGUUGAGACAUUGUUGCUCAGGAAGAGAAAUUUCUACGAGGUCAAUGCAGUCAGCUUGGCUUUGAUGCCUUUUUUCCAAGUGGCAUCAUAGGAUUAACUGAAUUUUACUGUGUUGAACUUUAUGGAAUCUGGUCUGAAUCUGACUGUAAGAUUGGACCUGUUGGUCUAAAGUUUG